AUGUUACAACUUCGAUUAGUUCCAUACCGAACAAGAAAUCAACAAAGUAACUAAGUGGAACACUUACUUAAGGUCUCACGAACUUGUGAGGUGUGACUUCAUUUCAACGGACAAAUUGGAUUUAGCUGGACAGUCAACAUGUUUGCUGUUAUUCUCGCGGUGCUUGUUCUGGCCGGGUGUCACCUCGUUCUAGGGGUGGUCAGUGUGGGCGUUGGGGUGAUUGCCAGUAUACAAGCAGAGGUUUGGUUGGCCCAUACAGUCUCACCUAUAUGGAGCGGUGGAUUUUUUAUCAUCACUGGAAUACUUGGAUUUGCCUGUGCCAGAAAGAAAACUUCAUAUGUAAUAUUAUGUUUCACGGCGUUUUCUAUAGUGUCACUUGUGACGGCCGUUGUAAGUAUCCAACUGUUGAGAUUGGGCCUAGUAAACCAUACUACAGACGGUCACACCUUCCAGAAGGCCGAAAAGGACAUUUUAAUAAUAAUAGCCCUAGUGGACGCUGGUGCCGAAUGUCUGGUGUGUAUCAUCUCUUCAUUCGUCAGCUGCAGGGUGGCUAAGCUGGCCAAGAAAGAAUUGUUUAAGAAAAGAGAGGGGACUUUUCACGUUCAGGAUGAAGCAUACAUGAAUGGUAUCUAUGGCAACGAUAUCUAUGGCAAUGGAAACUAUGAGAAUGGUAACUAUGUGAGUAACUAUUUUCAAGAGAACAACGCCUUCAUGACUGAUGGCAGUAGGUUUACAUUCAGUGAGCAUGACAUCGAGCUACAGGUAGAGGGGGACAGUGGGGAGACUAUCACCCCGGAGAUUGAUGGACUCAGUGCACCAAUACAAAAACAUAAACGUGAGAAUCCUGAUAAAAAACAUGAGAAAUCAAUUCGAUUUACAUUACCAACUGAUAUAGAAUGUCAAGAAAAUGGAUAGUUACACCAUGAUGAAUAUUACGUGAAUCUAGAUCAUUCCACCCAUAGUGCCUGCACCGAGACUGCUGUAUAUUGUAACUAUAGAAACACAAAGUUCAUCCAUCACCAUGACAACAUGCAGAAAAAUAUACAUCAAAGACAUAAUCAUCACUUUGACAACAUGGAGAAAGUAUGUGGAUUAGACACAUUUCAUCACCAUGGCAACAGAUCAAGGAUAUCAUAAAAUCAUGAACAAUGGAUAGAUAAUCUAUCAAACAUAAAUGUGAAGUAAUAUAACAUGUAUGCGGAUGGACACACUUUACCUCAAAUGCCCAGAGGGAGCGACGGAGCGUAGGAAGCUUACUUGAAAUUGUACACAGAUUCUCACUUUAAUCUGACACAUUAUAUCUCAGAUUAUGUAUGACUUGUAUUUUACAUGCUACCAAUAAAUGCUUUUAGCUGUAAAAGCAUGGAUUUAGGUGUCGAUAACUAAUAGCAUUAUUAGCAAUAUGGUAAAUAUGGAAGUAGUUUGACUUCAGGGAGAAAUUGAGGCAGUCUCAUAUGAUAAGGCCGGUACAACUUAAUUUAAAGGGCUUUAUUUUUCAAGACUAUUUUUUGACAUACACAAAAAAUAACAUGUCAUACAGACUAGGCUUACUGUAAAAAAUUCUAAAAACAUUAUCUCUGAGCAGACAACUAUGUUGUACAGGCUUUACAUAUUUUACAAACAUUUACAAAGAAGUAUUAUUUCAAAUACCAAAUAAAUUGUAUAUAGGAAGUACAUAUUUAUAGAAUAAAAAAAUAAAACAUUGCAAUCCUCUUUUGAUGAGAUCACUAUUUAAAGGUUUAA